AACCAUGUGAACGAGACUUGUGAAAAACAUGUGAAAAAUCAUAAAUUGAAAACUAUUUUUACGUAUUAUUUUCAUCGUACUGAUAUUGUUGUAAUAUUGCAGAACUGAGGUUUUAGUAAUUGUGAUUCCAUCUGUUGAGAAUAAAUCAAUCGAUAAUGAAUCAUUUUAAUUUUAUUGUGGAUAGUACUUUACACUAGUUUGCAUUAAUGUUACGAUAUAACCUCUUCCGUUGUAUUGCGAGCGUUAAAAUUUUGACAGUUUCCGAAUGAUAGAUUGUAUUCUACUGUUGCAGCGUUAGUUCGCAUGUAUAACAUUGUAAAUUAUGUAUAAAAGUAGAAACUCAGUGUGUAUCUGACGCACAAUGAAAUUACUGUGAUAAGCAGUUUAUGAAAGUAUUUUAAAAAAUGUCCGCAAUUAUAGAUGAUAAAGUGGUUGCAGGAGCGAAAUCCGCAAACAUUGUUAAAGAAGACCCCAUUGUAGCAUUGACGGAAAAAGUAAAUGCAUUAUAUUUUUUUCGAGAUCACUAUUUUGAAAAUCAUUCUAUCGAAGAAGCCAUUAAAAAGAAUGGUGAUGUAGAAAAAGAAAUGAAAGAUACUUUAAGUAAACUCGAUGAAUGUAAAGGAUAUGAAAUUGAUGGAUCACGAGCAAAAUAUUAUUACCUAAAAGGAAAAGCUUUAAAUGUUACAGAACGUUUUAUACCACAAGCAGAAGAGUUAUUAACAAAAGCAGUAAAAUUAGAACCUAACUUAGUAGAAGCAUGGAAUGAAUUAGGAGAAUGUUAUUGGAAAAACGAUGAUAUUCAGCAAGCAAAAAAUUGUUUUGUUGGAGCUCUACGCCAUGGUAGGAAUAAAGUAUCCUUAAGAAAUUUAUCGAUGGUACUCAGACAAGAACCAGUCCCUAAUACUGAACAACGAAUACAAAAUAUACAGAAGGGAGUGGAAUAUGCUAAGGAAGCAGUCAGUCUUGAUACAUCAGAUGGUAUUUCUUGGGCAAUCUUAGGAAAUGCUUAUUUGUCUUCCUUUUUUACAAUAGCACAAAAUCCUGCAACUUUACGACUUUGCAUGUCAGCUUAUACACAAGCAGAAAAAGAUAUUGUAGCAGGAAGUAAUCCUGAUUUAUUUCACAAUAAGGCAGUGGCCUUAAAGUAUCAAGAAGAAUAUAGUUUAGCAUUAAAAUCUUUUGAGAGGGCAAUACUACUAGAUCCAGUAUGGGAAACACCUCAUAACAAAAGAGAUGAAUUGUUACAAUAUUUAAAAGAUGUACAAAAUUCAGUAAAUAAUAAUGGAAGAGUAAAACCAAAAAGAUUGUACCAAAUGAUAAGGGCAUUGGAUGUUAAACAUUUGGGACCAUACAAAGGUGGCUCUUUCACAUCUGGCCAAAAGACUGUAAAAUUAGAUUUAGUAUUACUUAAAGACCUAGUCCUCGGGUUAAAUCCAGAAAAAGUUAUAUUUGGGAAAGUAGUAUGUUGGAUACAAGACACCGAUUGUGUACCUUUCGCGUUUUGUCUUGUGGACGAAGAAAAAAUGUGUAUUGCUGUAACAGUAUACAAUCUUGCUAAAGGUCGUGGAGUAACCGUAGGAGAUUCUGUUGCUAUACCUGAACCAUGUGUGAUUCAUCAUAAGUUUUCUUAUCUCAAUAACGAUUUUGACUUCAAAUCUAUACGCGUCGAAACUCCAGUUAUAUUGGUUGUUAAUGGAAGAAAAUUAGGUAGAGAGCAACAAGCAUCUGCAAAAUUGCACACUUUUAAAAAGACCGAUUGAACUUAAUGCACAAAUGUUCGUUCACGAAUUUAUAGCGAAACGUAGCUAGUGAUGAGAUUUCCUUUUAUCUCGACUUUAAAUCAAUAUCACUGUUAAUAGACAUUGUGAUAUUCGAAUUUUGAAUCUAAGUAUUAAUAUAGUAUAUGAAUAGAAUUGAAUAAUCUUACCACAGUCAAUAUUUCUGGAGAUAGGUCAAUCCACUUACAAUUGUUGCGCAUUUCCUUAGAAGAAUGUCAUGCGAGUUAGAAACGAUGAAAUUUAAAAAAGAAACCUGUCUUUUUACACAGAACUUCGUUCAUAAGUAUCGUUAUAUUUUGUUUGUAAUAUGUUAAUUCGCAGAGAAGCUUGAAGAAUCCGAAUUCAUCGAUUUAUAUAAAAUUUUGUAUAUACAUAAUAAAACGCAGUUCAUUUAAAUGAUUGUAUCUUGUAGAAUUUUAAUCGCACUCCUGGAUGCGAUUUAAUAAGCAAUAGAAACUUUUACAUAUAGUGUAUCUACAAAAUUUUAUAAGAACAGGUGAGUACGCAUUCUUCAAGUUUCUUUCGUCAGCUCAAAAGUCAGUUCCAGAAUAUAGAAUAUAUAAUCGAAUUUAGUAUAAAAAUAUUAAUUUUCACAAUACACCUAGGUGUAGUUUUAAUCUUUAAUCAAAUAAUUUUCUUUUAAAAAACAUUUAAACGUUCUGGAAUUUUUUAAUGAAUUAUUUACGUUUAUUGUUGUAGUUCUUUAAGAGGAAAGACAAAAGAUAAGCAAGCAUAAAAAUAAGAUAUAAUAACAUUUAAUGCUUAACAAGAUCAAAUAAACUGACUUUUUCUAUAAGUUCUAUUCAUCAGUCGUUCCAUCGUGCCAAUAAAAUAACUUUUGCUUGUUUGUACGAAACAUACAAACUAAUCAUUCUUUUAUACUUGAAUACUCAUAUCGAUUCAUUUCGAUUAAAAAAAAAAGAAACGGUAACGUCCAUAAGUUCGUAAGGAUAGAACGUAUUAUAAAAUACACAAUGCGUAGA